AUGGAGGUUUGUGGGACUUCUAGUCCAAAAAUAGAAACUGGGACACUGUGUCCAAUUAAGGAUACUGAGACAUCCAGUCACAAUAAGUAUACUGAGAUAUCCCAUCACAAUAAGGAUACUGAGACAUCCAGUCACAAUAAGGAUACUGAGACACUACGUCACAAUAAGGAUAUUGAGACAUUCCAUCACAAUAAGGAUACUGAGACAUCCUGUCACAAUAAGGAUACUGAGACACAACGUCACAAUAAGGAUACUGAGACAUCGCGUCACAAUAAGGAUACUGAGACACAACGUCACAAUAAGGAUACUGAGACAUCCUGUCACAAUAAGGAUACUGAGACACAACGUCACAAUAAGGAUAUUGAGACAUCCCGGCACAAUAAGGAUACUGAGACAUCCCGUCACAAUAAGGAUACUGAGACAUCCGGUCACAAUAAGGAUACUGAGACAUCCCGUCACAAUAAGGAUACUGAGACAUCCUGGCACAAUAAGGAUACUGUGACAUCCUGGCACAAUAAGGAUACUGAGACAUCCCAUCACAAUAAGGAUACUGAGACGUCCCGUCACAAUAAGGAUACUGGGACAUCCCGUCACAAUAAGGAUAGCAAAACAUCCCGUCACAAUAAGGAUACUGAGACAUCCCGUCACAAUAAGGAUACUGGGACAUCCAGUCACAAUAAGGAUACUGAGACAUCCCGUCACAAUAAGGAUACUGAGACAUCCAGUCACAAUAAGGAUACUGAGACAUCCCGUCACAAUAAGGAUAGCAAAACAUCCCGUCACAAUAAGGAUACUGAGACAUCCCGUCACAAUAAGGAUACUGGGACAUCCAGUCACAAUAAGGAUACUGAGACAUCCCGUCACAAUAAGGAUACUGAGACAUCCAGUCACAAUAAGGAUACUGGGACAUCCCAUCACAAUAAGGAUACUGAGACACUACGUCAAAAUAAGGAUACUGAGAUAUCCCAUCACAAUAAGGAUAAUGAGACAUCCCGUCACAAUAAGGAUACUGAGACAAUACGUCACAAUAAGGAUACUGAGACAUCCCGGCACAAUAAGGAUACUGAGACAUCCCGGCACAAUAAGGAUACUGAGACACUACGUCACAAUAAGGAUACUGAGACACUACGUCACAAUAAGGAUACUGAGACACUAUGUCACAAUAAGGAUACUGAGACAUCCCGUCACAAUAAGGAUACUGUGACAUCCCGUCACAAUCAGGAUACUGAGACAAUACGUCACAAUAAGGAUAUUGAGACAUCCCAUCACAAUAAGGAUACUGAGACAUCCCAUCACAAUAAGGAUACUGAGACACAACGUCACAAUAAGGAUACUGAGACAUCGCGUCACAAUAAGGAUACCGAGACACUAUGUCACAAUAAGGAUACUGAGAUAUCCCAUCACAAUAAGGAUACUGGGACAUCCCGUCACAAUAAGGAUACUAGGACAUCCCAUCACAAUAAGGAUACUGAGACAUCCCAUCACAAUAAGGAUACUGAGACGUCCCGUCACAAUAAGGAUACUGGGACAUCCCGUCACAAUAAGGAUAGCAAAACAUCCCGUCACAAUAAGGAUACUGAGACAUCCUGGCACAAUAAGGAUACUGGGACAUCCCGUCACAAUAAGGAUACUGAGACAUCCAGUCACAAUAAGGAUACUGGGACAUCCCGUCACAAUAAGGAUACUGAGACGUCCCGUCACAAUAAGGAUACUGAGACGUCCAGUCACAAUAAGGAUACUGUGACAUCCCGUCACAAUCAGGAUACUGAGACAAUACGUCACAAUAAGGAUAUUGAGACAUCCCAUCACAAUAAGGAUACUGAGACAUCCCAUCACAAUAAGGAUACUGAGACACAACGUCACAAUAAGGAUACUGAGACAUCGCGUCACAAUAAGGAUACCGAGACACUAUGUCACAAUAAGGAUACUGAGAUAUCCCAUCACAAUAAAGAUACUGGGACAUCCCGUCACAAUAAGGAUACUAGGACAUCCCAUCACAAUAAGGAUACUGAGACAUCCCAUCACAAUAAGGAUACUGAGACGUCCCGUCACAAUAAGGAUACUGGGACAUCCCGUCACAAUAAGGAUAGCAAAACAUCCCGUCACAAUAAGGAUACUGAGACAUCCUGGCACAAUAAGGAUACUGUGACAUCCUGGCACAAUAAGGAUACUGAGACAUCCCAUCACAAUAAGGAUACUGAGACGUCCCGUCACAAUAAGGAUACUGGGACAUCCCGUCACAAUAAGGAUAGCAAAACAUCCCGUCACAAUAAGGAUACUGAGACAUCCUGGCACAAUAAGGAUACUGGGACAUCCCGUCACAAUAAGGAUACUGAGACGUCCCGUCACAAUAAGGAUACUGAGACGUCCAGUCACAAUAAGGUUACUGGGACAUCCCGUCACAAUAAGGAUACUGAGAUAUCCCGUCACAAUAAGGUUACUGGGACAUCCAGUCACAAUAAGGAUACUGAGACAUCCUGUCACAAUAAGGAUACUGAGACACUACGUCACAAUAAGGAUAAUGAGACAUCCCGUCACAAUAAGGAUACUGGGACAUCCCGUCUCACUAAGGACCCUGGGACUUUUAUUCCAAUUCAAAUACUUGGACACUUAGUUGUAGUAAGGACAUAA